UCGGGGACAGUCAUCCAAAUAAAGUUAUCGCGCUUGCGGGUAGUGAUUUUGUUGAUCUUCUGGAAGCAAUUAAGGCAAAGAAACCAGUGGACAUAACCUGCGACUCUGAUGCCCUCACCCUCCAUGUGAAGAAUGAGAACGAAUCAAUGUAUAUUAUAAUUGACUCCGACAUUUUUGAGGACGAGUUUCAGAAUGACUUCUCCGUUUUAGUUGAAAAGUUUGGAAUAAAGCGAAAAAACCCAAUAAAAGUAAUACUUCCAAAAAUAAAAAGUUUAACAGAAAGUGUAGCAGCAAUUACACCCAAAGCUGAUAGGAUUGAACCCGAAUUUUCAAUAAAUUAUUCAGAACUUCUAAAUAGUUCUCUUUCAAAGAUCGAGAGAGAGAGCGAAGAUAGAACCGAACAAGAAGAAAUUGAGAUUGAAUUUGAGAGCGAAGAUAGAACCGAACAAGAAGAAAUUGUGAUUGAAUUUG